CUGGUUUCUGUGAUCAUGGAGUUGUGCAGUCAUAUGUUCGGUACCUCAGUUUUAAUUGUGAAUGCAAUUCUGAUAACUUUUCCUUAUCUCUUCCUGCUCAGUGUCUCUCCCCCAGGUGGUGACUUCUCUGAUCCUGUCACAUCUGCUACUCUGGGCAUUGUUCAGGUUUUCUGGGGUCUGGAUAAGAAGCUGGCACAACGCAAGCACUUCCCCUCUGUCAACUGGCUGAUCAGUUACAGCAAAUACACACGUGCCCUGGACGAGUACUACGACAAGCAUUUUACAGAGUUUGUCCCUCUCAGGACAAAAGCCAAAGAGAUCCUACAGGAGGAAGAGGACCUUGCAGAGAUCGUGCAGCUUGUGGGGAAGGCUUCCUUGGCAGAAACAGAUAAAAUUACCUUGGAGGUUGCCAAGCUGAUAAAGGACGACUUCUUGCAACAGAAUGGUUAUACGCCUUAUGACAGGUUCUGCCCUUUCUACAAAACUGUGGGAAUGCUUUCCAAUAUGAUUGCGUUUUAUGACAUGGCACGCCGUGCUGUAGAAACCACAGCCCAGAGUGACAAUAAGAUCACGUGGUCCAUCAUCCGAGAGAACAUGAGCGAAAUCCUCUACAGACUUACCUCCAUGAAAUUCAAGGACCCUGUCAAAGAUGGUGAAGCAAAAAUCAAGGCGGACUAUGCUCAGCUGUUUGAGGAUAUGCAGAAUGCGUUUCGCAGUCUGGAAGACUAGACUCGACACCUGUGACCACUCCAGUUUGUCCUCUCAAUUCCUCAUCUCAACUCCUCUGCUUCCCUACCUUACAAGAAUGAUGCAACAGUACUUGAGUUGAUAAAUAGCCCUGUGUUUUUCCCUGUUCAUACUCAAGAGAGUGUCCUUACAAAACAUUCCUCUUAGUUUGUGUUUGGCAUUGCUUUGUGUGUCUGAAACGGUGAGUGAUGUGUGUGAGUGGGCCUGGCUGAGUGAGGAAAUGCUGUUGUACACUUCUAGGGUGGGAAAAACUUCUCCUUGCCUCUCCCAGCUCUCUUGGUAACUGGUCUUUCCACCUUGGGAUGGAACCAGUUGAGCUGUACCGGCAGAGGAGGUGUAGAUCUUAAUGCAGUCACAUGGUACAUUCUGAGCUGGCAGUGGUAAGGGCAUGUACAUCUGGCACUUUGCUAAGUGACUAUCAUGACAUAGAGCUCCCUGUUCUCAAACACAACUGUUGACCAUAGUCUGUUGACGUGUUGAUACAACCAAAAAUUCUUCACUACUCUGUCCCUUCUGCAGACCCUCAGCCGAGUCUGUUGGUAUCGAAAUGUGGUAGUUCUGGAUCUCCCCAAGAGGGGACUAACUAGAAGAUGAGCACGUACGAGCAGCCAGUAUACUUUUGUACACUGGAGAAACAGAAUUUUAUUUUCCUACUUAAUACAGUUAGAACUGUUGGAUUCGGCAUCAGCUAAAAUCAAAGCCAUAGGUGCUCAGCUUCCAGCAGAACGUUACCUUCUUUACCUCCUACUCACCCCUUACGAUUCCAUGACACUCAGCUGCUUUAGUUUGUGAAGCUUGUGAGUGCUGCUGUGUACUGCAGGACAUGCCCACCAAGUUACACUGGUGCCACGGGUGCAGACCAGGAACACAACAGUCCUUCCUCGGUGGUGCUCUGUCUGCCAGUGCCAUUGCCUCCCGGUGCAAUGCCCAGAUCAUGCUAAGGGAAGGAAAGAAAAGUGUGUGCUUAACCUUCUUCCUCCACCUGUGCUCAUGUGGCCCGUUUUGGCAGUAGCACAGAAGGUCCCCAGUUCUCCUGGAAGUGGAAUGUACGAUGUGACGCUUCUGGGGGCAGGGGAUGAACAGGGGGAAGGUUGAUGAGUAGAAAAUGUAUUUAAUCCUGCCUUGGUGGUCAGAGCACAAGAGUAACCGGUGACUCUGGUCUUCUGCUUUGUGCACCCUCUCCAGUCUCUCCCCCUUGCUCUCUGUGCCCAGCUGGGUUCCAGCUGCCACCUGCGGUGGUGUCGGUGGCACCGUGGCAGUGGCGUGGCUGUGUAAGUGUUCAGUCUGCACCAAAGUAUUUCCACUGGCUGCCAGCUUGGAACAGUUGAGAUGCAAAGGGAUCUCGUGCUACGGACCAAACGCUGCCACUUCCAUUGUGGUAUCAACUUUGCUGUUUGGCAGGGACAGCCCGGCUGAAAACUUUAAAGGGAUUAACUUUUUGGUUCUCCCAAAAGGAGCUUCUCCUCCAGCUGACAUUCUGGUAGUGAAUGGUUAAGUUUACAGCUCACUAAACUUUUCAGUGUCUGCUGCUUAUUUUACCGAUGAGCAUGUGUGAAUGAAUAGUCACCAUCCAAGCCCUUGCUGGAUUCCCCAUCGUUCGUACCCUUCACCACUGUACUAUGUAGCAUUUCAUGCUAGAAACCAGAUGUUCUCUUAUUUCUUUAAAUAGAGGAUGUUAUAAACUUUACAGAAGAUGUCUAAGAUAAUGCAGUUCUAAUAUUUAUUGUGCUGUACCUGGCCCUGAAGUGUGACCAGUUCAAACAGUUUCAUAUAUUUUUUUGUCUUUUUUUUUUUGUUUGUUUGUUUUGUGUCUGUUUCCAGUGUUGAGAUUCUGAUGUUCACUGUGUCCUGCAAGUCUUCCCUCCACAGCUGUGGGAGGAAUGAAAAGAUGGGCAGAACCCCACCACCUACUUUAUCUUGUAUAUUUCAUAAUGUAUGUUGCUGGAAAUAGUGUUUAAAAAAAAUAAUAAAAAAAAAAUAUGUUGAAGUCAAUGAGAAUAAAAUGGAUUUAAAGUAAA